AGCAGUGCACACAGAAACCAAAACCCCUCUCUCUGACCCUUCCUUACCUCAAAAGUCUCAGAACCCUAUCCGUAGCAUACAAAACAAAAAAAAACAUAACCAAACCCAACACCAACAACACAUCACACAGUAAUAGUAUCACCAACUACUCUUCUAUCACUCUCAAAAAAAUCUCUCCAACCUUAUUGCUUCUUCAAUCAACAAACUAUUCACAGUUUCACUCUCUCCUUUGUUGUUGUUUGAUGGAAAACUGCAUCUUCCACUACCAUCACCACACACUCCUCACUCUCCCUUCAAUUUCUCACAAACCCCACUUCAGAUUCUUCACAAGACCUGAUCUUGGUGGUGGUGGUGGUGGUGUUCGUGUUGCUUCUUCUUCUUCUUGUUUGUUAUUCCAUAGGCGAAGACCCUUUAUCAGAGCAAGUGCUGGAGCAAGCCCAUGUGAGUUUAGUAGCCUAAACUCUCCUUUGGAGCCACGUUCCAUGGUGGGGAAGUUCCUCAUUGGUGUUCUUCAGAACCACCCUCAGAUGUUCCAUCUUGCUGUUGGGGAGGAGCUGAAGCUCUUGGCUGAGGAUCGUGAUGCGGCACAUGCUCGCAUGGUGCUUGGUUCUGCUUCUGAUGAGGCCUUGCUUCACAGGAGGAUUGCACUAGUAAAAGAGAACCAAUGUCAAAUUGCUGUAGAAGAUGUUAUCUACUUGCUGAUUUUUUACAAGUUUUCUGAGAUAAGGGUCCCUAUGGUUCCAAAGCUUUCUAGUUGCCUUUAUAAUGGCAGGCUAGAGAUAUUGCCUUCUAAGGACUGGGAACUAGAGUCUAUUCAUAGCUUGGAAGUUUUGGAUAUGAUAAGGGAACACAUAACUACUGUAACUGGCUUGAGAGCAAAAUCUAGUGUAACUGAGUGUUGGGCAACAACCCAUGUUAGACAAUUCUUACUUGCCCGAGUUUAUGUUGCCUCCAUUUUAUAUGGUUACUUUUUGAAGUCAGUUUCAUUGAGGUACCACCUAGAACGAAAUCUAUCGUUGGCUAAUCAUGAUCUUCACCUUGGUCAUAAGACUUCCCUUAUGUGUUCUUAUGGAUUCAAAGAUGCCAUCUUUGGCCACUUGAGUAACAUGUCAUCCUUAGGGCAAGGGUUAAUCAGGCCGGAAGAGGAACUUGAGGACUUAAAAUGUUAUGUUAUGAGCUUUCACCCCGGAUCAUUGCAGAGAUGUGCCAGAUUGAGGUCUAAGGAGGCGGUGAAUUUGGUUGGGAGUUAUAGUUGUGCUCUUUUUAAUAACGAGGAAUCGGGUUCAGUUGAGAAUGAUGAUGUUAUUUUGACUUCAUUUUCUAGCUUGAAGAGACUAGUCUUGGAAGCUGUUGCUUUUGGAUCUUUCCUGUGGGAGAUAGAAGAUUACAUUGACAAUGUAUAUAACCUUAAGGAUGACUGAGUAGUAUAAAGGCACUAGUUGCCAUAUAAAUUCCUAAGUUGUUGAGCGAAUUCUCCUUGUAUAUAUAGUGAGUUUUGGUUUUAGCUUUUAAGUGUCGGGUUAUGUUUAUAUUGUAUAUAUGGCAUAUCUUUACUCUAUAUAUAAUGUAAAGGUCUUGUGCUUGGACUUUGUUUAAGUUGAUAGAUUAUAGAUAUUUUUAAAUAGUACAAAGUUGUUCACUGUA